AUGAGCGAUGAUGCAGAAAACAUGGCUUCCUCGAUGACUCCGUUAAAAUGGGAAGGUUGGUGUUUUUCCCUGUCUUAUUCCAAUUCCUCUUUACCUGUGAGAUCCGUUAAGUUAUUGCUACGAUAUAAGCGUCUGUCUUCAAUUUCUGGUCUAUUUCUGUCAUGUUUAGAAUUGAGGAAGAAAGCAAGACAACUUGAAAAUGAGAUUGAUCUAAAACUGGUGUCCUUUAGCAAAUUGGGGACGUCUUACAGCCAUCAUAAUGGCUUCAGAGAAAGGUGCUUGUUAGAUUGCUAUUAAUUGAGUUGCGUGUUUUAUUAGUUGUUUCUCCAAGCGUUUAUGUUAAUAAAUUGCAGUUCCGAUACGUCGCCGCUACUUAACAGUUCUUCAAGUGAACGACUUUUCGAUACCAUGGGACUAGAAAUUGAGCAACUUUUAUCCAAGGUCAGUACUGAUCAAAAUUUUAUUUUCUUCAGGAGACGAUUUAUUGGCCAUUCGCAGAUCUCUCGCUUAAUAUUUAUUUAGAAUAACAUUACCUUACAUUUGCAUAUAAAAGUUAAAAUGUACAAUUUAUUCAGAUGUAGUAAUAUAUUAGGCUCGGAGAUGACGACGUUGCUUAUGCCUGUUUCCGGCAUUGCCAUUUGGGAGCAAGGCACGUGAACGUGAAAAGACUUGUCCUUUUUCGUUUUGUGCACAAUAUGUUACAUUCUUGCCACAGCUUUUAAGAUUAACAGCUAUUUUGAAGAUAGUGAAGGGGUCUGUCUUUCCCUAUUAUGUUUUAUGAUGAUGUACUUUCCUUUGACCCUCCCUAUGCUCACUUAUUUUUUUGUGAGAUACCUGUGAAAUAGCUGGAAGAUUACUGUCAGCUCUUUGUUACCUUGUCAUUCAACUGUCACAGGUAAAAUUUGAUUUCAGGUUAAAUUUUUUUAACACAGGUUGAUUCUCAAUUUCCCUUGUCUUCUAGAGCUAGGAGACAUUGGAAAUUGAGAAUCAACCUAGGCUAAAUCAAAAUCAAACUGAAAUCAAAUUUGGCCUAUAACACAACCAUUGCUAUGUUUUAUGCUUCACUUAAAAUGUGUAAUGAAUUGAUGGGUGACCUUUAACCCAUUUGCUCCUGGAGAUUUUGCCGAAAAACGCGUUUUGAAGCUAGUCGAGUGGUUUUCUGGUCACUGUCGUGCUAUAAAGAGCUAACACUUACCACAAAGCGGUUUACAGGUCGUACACUUGGCGGCCUUCUAAUCCAGAUGCAAAAUAUCAGCUUGCGAAGUUCGGGCAUGCGCAGAAAGCAAAAUUUCGACAUAGUUUUUGGGUUUAAAAGUGACACAGCAGUCUUGACUUUUACUUUUCGCUUUCUCUCCUCCCUUCUUUUUUCGCCUUUCUUGCCUCAUUUUUUUUUUUUCUCUUGCUGGGCAUUUAGUAGGCUUCAUUUUGGUGGGAAGAGUUUUUAGGAAAGCUUUUAGGAUCUUAGGAUUAGGUGAAAGGAAAGGUAGGUGGGUAAUGGAACAAGAUUUUCAUGGAGAUUUUCAGGUCCUUGUAACGUGGUUUUUUGCUUCUUUCUCCGGUGUCCUUGACUGAAUUGUGCUCAUUCUGGUAUGGUUUGAAAGAUCUCUUCACUCUGCACAAGUUAGCGAAGAAAGUUGUCCUUGACGGUUAAAACUGAUGACGUCACAAAGGCUAGAAAGGACCUGGAUCCGCACGGGCGGUUACGGGCGGUUCAGGGGCGAAUGGGUUAAGCCUGGUUUCCAUAUGAUGGCUACGAUUGUUACGAUGGCUGUGAUCAGUGAAAAAAUAAGUUCAUUGCAGUGAUCAUGUGGAAACCAGCGAGCUUUCCAGCGAUAGUAGCGUUUGCAGUGAUCACGGUGGCGAUGAUCUUUGAGAUAGAAAAAGUUAUAUCGUUUUUGCUGCAAUUGCUGGAGAUUGUGUUUCAAUUAUUUGAUCCCUAUGAUCGCUGAGCUUUUUUCUCAGCGAUUGUCAGGAUCACAGUGAUUGUAGGGAUUGUAGCGUUUAUAUGGAAACUAGGCUUUACUUUAAUACAAAGUAAGGAAUUUUCUGCUAUCUAGACUAAAUGAAAAUGGACGCUCAUUGUAGGACCAUCUUGUCCCAAUUUUGUAAAUGGUUAGAUAGGAAAAGAAAGCAGCCAAGACCAAAAAAAAGGUUUUUGAAGAUUGUCAAUAUUUCUUCUCUUUCUAUGUCUCCCACUGCACAAACACAUCUAGACUGUCCCUAGACACUACUUAGCAACUCAAAGGAAAUAUUGGUAUUCUCCUAAACAAAAAGUUCUCCAAUGGAAGUAUGAAUAUAAAUCAGAAUUUUACAGGGAAGGAAAGGUUUUGGAAACAAAAAUCUUCCAAUAAGAGGUUUAGAAGAGUACAACACCACCUUGGCUUAGACAACUGGGUAUACACAAAUUUACACUGAUAGCUGUCUUAACAGACCCUUCCGCAAGCGGACAGCGUUAGUUACAGCCACCUUCACAAAACCCCUUUUCAACUCUCAUACAAACUCUGUAUUUUUACGUUCCCAUUAGCUGCUGUGGACACUGUCAGUUACAUGUACGAAUUAGAUUUUUAGCUGUGUAUUUAAGCAUCCAUAAGCGGACUCCUAAAAUGAAAUCUCAUUCACCUCUUAUUCUUAGAGUGUUUUUUUUUAUUCACAUCUAUGUGUGGUUACACUUCAAAACAGCACUUGAAUGUUAUACUUGUGACUGCAUAUUUACAACAUUGUCAGAACAACGGUAUAAUCAAACACUAACAAAAUUUUUUUUUUGCCUUUUUAAUGUUUAUUUGUAGCUAGGCAAGCUCCUGUAAGUGACCACUUAACCCUUACAUCUCUAUUGGCCACUUAGGAGAACCAUCUCGUAAGAGGCCAGCACUAGUUAUGGACACCUUUUUUGCACCUCGGGGGUGUCCACUUACGAGAAGUUCCACUGUAUUUAUAAGGAAGCUUAAUUAAAUAAUUAUGCAUCUUUUUAAUUUGUACAUACAUCAAAAGUUAUUUAUUAAUAGAGAAGUUCUAAAGAUGGUUUGGUGUGUCUUUUGUAAUAUGUUAUGUACAAUGUUUCUUGUUUGCUUUUUUUCCAGUUGACAGAAGUAAAUGAUGCAAUGGCGGAAUACACUGCGGGGUUCAGUUUAGGUCAACCUAAUGGUACUCAGCUUCAUAUGCUUCAAAGACACAGGGACAUACUUCAGGGUUACUCACACGAGUUCUCAAAGACAAAGGUGGCAUAUUGCUUGAUAAAAUUUUGGCUAAUGCUCAGCUUUAUACUUUAAAGCUGAACAUUAGUGGAAAUUUUAACACAACCAUCACAGAAAACACCCUAGCGCUGCUUAAAUACAGUACUGCGUUGUUUUCCAAGACAUAGGUUUUAAAUGUGUGGUUGUUCCUUGAAUAAAUAUACAAUGGUGGAGGACACUGAAACUCUUAACUUCUUGCACUAUAAUUAUUGAGCAGUGAGGUCAACUGAACAUGUGUUGCCACCUUAUGCUGUGGCUAAGUUUUUUUAACUUGUGGAAAUCGAUCUAAGAAGAAGUUGAAUUUGUGAUCAUGAUCUCAAUAGUGGUCUAUCAAGGAUUCAGACCUAAACUUACUCAGUGUUAGGCUAAGGUUUUUAAAGUUAAAUGUUAUUAAUUUCAUAAUUUUUGUAGAUACCAGCAGGAUUUUAGUAGGAUUUGAUAAUUUUUAGAGGGUGGGGAUGUGGGGCAAAUCCCUCGCCCCCAGAACUUAGCAACAAACCUGAAUUUAUACCAAAAUCUUUAAACAUAUGGUUAUCUUGGUUCUAGGCAAAUAUCCAAGCAUUCAGAGAUAGAGAAGACCUUUUAGGAUCUGUUCACAGAGAUAUAAAGUAAGCAAGUUUGUUUUAAGCUUCUCCUUGUUAUUCACAGAAUGUUAUUCAGUAGGAAAUCCCAAUUACCCUGCGAGCAGAGGUUUCUCUCUUGCAUGGAUUUGAGUGUUUAUAAAGUUGUUUCUGUCGCUUGUCAGUUGCGUAGUUGGUUUGUUAUAUACACCUUGGACAUAACUGACAAGUGAUGUAAAAAACACAACUUUUGCUGUAAUUAUUUUAGUUGUGAGGCUCAAUUUUGUGUACUACAAAAAACAAAUGCAGUGUUAGAGUUUGCAGACAUCAUCUUACACCUUUUUCUAACUUUAGUGCAUACAAGACUGGGAUGAACAGAAGAACAGAUCUUUAUCUCAAGGAAAAUGAACAUAUAAGAAAGUGAGUUUGUUGUACAUUAGGUAACAAAUAAAGAAGCCUUGACUGUGCUCUGUUCUGUUGUAAAGCAUGCAGGAAAGAAAGACGUGUAGGGGGAAACAAGAGACAUGCGUGUAGGCGAGUGUUUCUCCCAACUUCUUGAGUGCUCUAGCUGCUUCCUAAGCGGUUUAUUCUCUCAUAAAGCAUGCUUUUUCAACCAAUCAGAGUGCACGUUAUAUCUGAACUUUAUUAUAAGUAGAACUAAAGAAUACAUGGAGUAACAGUUGCAGCAGAGUGUAAGAAAAUAAGAUGUAGGAUCAUCUCGCUAAUCAUCAGACUGAAACACUUUGAACAGUCCUGGUGGAGAUUAACUAGAAAGAUUUGGUUUCAUAAUCAUAAUUGUCUUUGAUAUAUGUAGUAUCCAUCACUUCACUUGUUCCAAUUAUUUUGUCAGUGAUGACUGGAAUGAUUGAGACGGUUUGGGGGAUUAGCUGGCGAUUUCAUGUAUGGAAACCAGACUAAAAGAGUGGCUCACCCCUAAAGGUGGUCAUGUUAAUGCUGUGGUUUGAUUUUAUGGACAUCAGUUAAUAUGGACCACAGACACUUUUCUGUACUGAGUCACAUACUCUCAUAUAUUGUCAACCUCGCUUUAUGGGCACUGAUUAUCUACCCACGUUCUAUGACUGAAUAUCUUACCAGUUAAAGCCUAGCAGAAAUAGUGAAUGACCUUUCAAACGUUCUGUAUGAAAUUCAGUCAACCUGGCUGGCAAACUAAAAGUCUUAGUACAAAGUCAUGGAUACUAUUGUUGUAUUUCAAGACAAAUGCUUGAAAGGUAGUUUUAGACUGAGAAUAUGAUAAAACUAAUGAUUUAAUGACUGUAGGGUUUUUUUUAAGAUGAACUUGUUUAAGUUACAGAUAAGAAAUUAAGACAUGUGUCCAUGGCAUUUGGAUAAUACAUUACUGACACUGUGGCAUGUCUUCUUGGUGUCUGUAUUAUUUAACUGGGUUCUACUGUAUUAUUUUCCAUUGUUUCAUGCUAAUUAUCAAACAUUACCAUACCCCAAAACAAGGGAUCAUAGAAUUUAACCCAAAGAUAAAAUUGAACCACAACAUUGAUAAAAGAUUGCUUCUGUCAAACUGAAACUUUUAGCACUCCAUACAAAUUUUCAUGGCCUGUCCUUUCAACUCUUUUCUGUCCCAUUUAGCUCUGAUCGGCUGGCAGAUGAUGUAAUUGGGUAAGUUUGCUUUGAUGGUCAGCGGUGUUAUUUAUGUGGAUUUGUAAGCUUUCAGAUUAGAACUCUGCUACAUCAUGUAUUACACACAUGCAUACAUACACUUUAUUACGACUUCUCUAUGCAGGGCUGUUCUGCUGAAAUAUACAAAAAUAAAAAGAUAGACAAUAAAUUUUUACAUGGGUUAUACAGUUAUGGAAAAUGUAAUUCGAUUUAGUCAAAAGUGGGCGGCGACUUUCCUUUUAAGACUUGAAAUAUUGUUAAUCCUCUGAAUGAAAAAUAAAACAAAAAUAUGUAUUGUCCAAAUGAGGCCUUAAACUGCCUUUUUUCAAAAAUAAAAUUGGAUGAUGCCCUUGAUCGGUAAAAGCUUGAACAAUAUUUUUGUUUUUUUAAUCAUGCUGUUUAGUGAGCUUAAGCAAAGUCAUUUUCGAGUGACGUGUGUCAAAAGGAAGUGGGUAGACUUUUUGCAUUGUUGGGCAGUUGUCUCGCCCAAACGUUCGCGCAAAUCGUUUCUUUAAGAGUAUAGAAACGUAGCAAUAGAGAGGUUAAGCAUCACGUUUACGUCAAACACGAAUUUUUGUACCACGUGACCAAGUUUCCUCUUUAUCUGCCGUUUACUGUUUAUUAUUUCUACACCCAAAUUAGUAGUUUCACGCAUUUUUUUUAUCAGUAAGAAUUGUUUUGAGCUGUUUUUAUCUGGUCAUUUUCUAUUUUGAGGAAUUCCCAACUUAAACCUGAUGAAGCCUAAACUCUCUAAGACAAGUGUGGUAGUGCUAAAGCAUAUUAUGAGAAGGAACAAUGACUCACUUCCGGAUAAUGUGCAACGCUUAAAAGCUCCCUAUAACAAUGUGCAUAGAUAACUUCACACCGUAGAGCUUUAUCGGCGAGAAAAAUAGGAUAGGCAAGCGCCAGUGGUACAUAAUCAUCAACAUUCUAAGAGCCAAAUCUGGAGCAUUUCUUGAAUUUGACCAGUUGGAGGUGUAAGAGUUACAUCUUUUCUUUUUCAACUGUAGAGUUGCACUGGCCACUAAGGAAAAUCUUCAAAGUCAGCGAGGUGUCCUGUAUGGUGUGAGUAGUCGACUUGGUUCAGUGACUAGUAUCCUUUUUGAUAAUCAGCAUGUGUAAAUCUGAAGCUAGAAACUCCUCUACUGGAUAUGCUUUGUGAGAAAUGAGCAGGUCAUCUUUAAUUAGCAAAUUGAGACAAUAGGAAUGCUUACAUUAGCAAAAAUCCAUCUAUAACAGUAAUUUUAUGAUCAGCAUAGUCAUGUCUUCCUUGGGGGCAGUGCUAAAUCCAAAUUGAUUUUGUGGCGUGUUGAGUAAAAUUUAUGGAAUUAAAUUGCUAUAUUUUUACUAUGUUCAUGGUUCCUUAAUGCACUUUAUAGAUCGUUUCCCGGCACUUAAUAGUUUGAUUCAACGCAUAAACGUCAGAAAGCGUCGGGACUCAAUCAUCUUAGCCAGUGUGAUUUCUAUCUGCUUGAUACUGAUGCUUAUAUAUGCUCUUGGAUAGAAACAGCGAUGUCUAGUAAAUCCUAAACCACUGAUUCCUUGUUGGGAUAGUUGAAGACGCCAUGUUGCUGACCAAUAACUAUACUGACAAUAAACAGAUCUGCUGUAUGGAGGUUGUGCUCGGUCUGAAUUUACACCUGACCUCAGUGACGGCGAUUUGAACAACAGGGCGAUUGUUUCUUCUGGCAGAAAUGUGGAGAUAGAAAUACACCGAGUGACUUUGCAUCGAGUGUGUCAUACGUGCUGUGACGCUUGCUUAUUUAUUAUUAUGCAAACAAAAUAUUUUAAUAAGUAGGAAUUGUGAUUUCACGACAGAAAAUGUUAACGCUACUAUUUCAUAAUUGUACCUUUUGGCUGUGGCGAUUUUUCCCCCGGAGAAAAAUAUGUAAAGGAACAUCCCAUGCUGUCUAGAUUUCGAAUCGGUGGGCCUUUGACUAGCUAUUUUCUGUCAAUAUUCUGUUC